UCUCAGCCUGCCUGGGAGAUCAGAACCACCCCCUCUCCUGGACCCCUGGGAGGGUGCACCAGCUUGACCUGUUCCAGGAAGUUCUCAUGAAAGCCCUUGAAAUUCGAAGUUCCCCUUGGCAGGUGAAAUCCAGUGAGACGCCUCCUCCGUCCACAUUGGUGAGUGGCAGCCCAGAACUCCCGACCGGCCGCUGAGAAAGUCUCCGGGGCUCCCGCCUCAUGGCGUCACCCCGUAGGCCCUGGAGUGACUGCUCCCAUGUCAUCGAUCACACCCACGUCUCCGAGUUUGAGGUGGCUACCUGGAUCAAGAUCACCCUCAUCCUGGUGUACCUGGUGAUCUUCGUGGUGGGCAUCCUGGGGAACAGCGUCACCAUCCGGGUCACUCAGGUGCUGCAGAAAAAAGGCUACUUGCAGAAGGAGGUCACGGACCACAUGGUGAGCCUGGCUUGCUCGGACAUCUUGGUCUUCCUCAUUGGCAUGCCCAUGGAGUUCUACAGCAUCAUCUGGAACCCGCUGACCACGCCCAGCAAUGCCCUGGCCUGCAAGCUGCACACCUUCCUCUUUGAGGCCUGCAGCUACGCCACGCUGCUGCACAUCCUGACGCUGAGCUUCGAGCGCUAUGUUGCUAUCUGCCACCCGUUCAGGUAUAAGGCUGUGUCAGGGCCUUGCCAGGUGAAGCUGCUCAUUGGCUUCGUCUGGGUCACCUCCACCUUGGUGGCCUUGCCUUUGCUUUUUGCCAUGGGCACCGAAUACCCUCUUGUGAACGUGCCCAGUCACCAGGGGCUCGCUUGCAACCGGUCCCUCACGCGUCACCACCGGCAGCCGGAGACGUCCAACAUGUCCAUCUGUACCAACCUGUCGAGCCGCUGGACGGUGUACCAGUCCAGCAUCUUCAGUGCCUUCGUCAUCUACCUUGUGGUCCUGGUCUCCGUGGCCUUCAUGUGCUGGAACAUGAUGCAGGUGCUCACGAGGAGCAAGCAGGGCACGCAGGCCAGGAAGGGGCAGCCCGCGCUGAGGAAGUCCGAGAGCGAGGAGAGCAAGACCGCCCGGAGGCAGACCAUCAUCUUCCUGAGGCUGAUCGUGGUGACAUUAGCCGUGUGCUGGAUGCCAAACCAGAUUCGCAGGAUCCUGGCUGCUGCUAAACCCAAGCACGACUGGACCAGGGCCUACUUCCGCGCGUACAUGAUCCUGCUGCCCUUCUCGGACACCUUCUUCUACCUCAGCUCCGUGGUCAACCCGCUGCUGUACAACGUGUCCUCGCAGCAGUUCCGCAGCGUCUUCUGGCAGGUGCUGUGCUGUCGCCUGACGCUGCAGCACGCCAACCGCGACAAGUGGCUGCGCGCCCCGCUGGACAGCACCCGCUCCUCCCGCCGCCUGAUCUUCCGCGCCUCCUGGCGACACUCGUCCGCAAGGAAGCCCCCCACCAAGGUGUUCUUAAGCACUUUCCAGGGUGCCGAGCCGGCUGGCCACGAGCCCGCACAGGUGAGCCUCGCUUCAGCAGAGCCAAACUCGGACAUGGGCGCGGACGCCGAUUGUCCCGCGGAGCGCGGUCCCCGGGAGCCCUGCAUCAACGAGCCCCAGUGCGCCCCAGCUGGGUCAGAAGCAGGGGUCAAGGCCAAGGCAGGUGUCUUCUGAGAGCGGAUUUCAGCCUGGGCUCGGAUGCCUCGGCGUGCAGGGGGGGCUUCAACUGCGACCCCGUCCUUCAAGCACACACUGAAAAUUCAGCCAGAGGGAAUUGAUUCCGAGCUGACAAAAAUGUUUGACCCCGAGCUCUUUCGUUAUUUGCAAGGGAACACCACCAAAAAAAGAGGACAUGGACUAGCCCCCCUUACCCAGAAGGCAGGGACCCCAGAAGAAGGAGGGGGCCGCAGGAGAGCAACACAGGCGCAGCCGGGGGCUCCUUCAGCAGCGUGCCAAGAGGUGGGCUAGUUUGAGGAGCAGGGCCAUGGUGGGGAGCGCCGGGCUCAGGGCUGUGGCCGAAUUGCCCCUUUUCUUGGGCCGGGGCCCGUUGCAGAGCGGCGUGUUGCAGCAGCUGAUGCACACGGAGUUCAGCUUCCCUGGGGAGCAGAAGGACUGGUACCCGGCCGAGGCGAUGAGGCAGGCUGCGGAUGACGCGCAGGACUUGCGGUACAGGAUUCCUGCAACACACCCAAAGCAGCGCGGUUAGCGUGAGCUGCACCGAGUUGGCCUCCAGCGCACAGCUCUUCUUACCCACCCUAAGUGGGGAGACAGGGAGGUGCGCUCCGCUGUGUCCAGAAGCCUUCUGAAAAACAACAUGUAUGGUUAAGGGGGCAGUCCUCAUCUGGCGAGUCUGGCUCCUAGUGACCCUCUAAGACGGGGUAGACCUGUCCCUGUGGGCUUCUUAGACAAACUCUUUACAGGAGUAGAAACUCUGGUCUUUCUUCUGCAGAGCGGCUGGUGGUUUAGAACUGCUGACCGCUUCCUGAAAGGUCAGACACAACACCCUCCAACCUUAUUACAAACUAUUCCUCCCGUAGUACUCUACAUGGUUUGGCAACUUGUUGCUAUGGCUACAUAGAACUCAUGGUUAUGGGGAUUCUUAGGAGCUAUAACGAGUUGCGAUUAAGGAUCAGAAAACACUCAGAUACAGUUCUUCCAUCAGCACAGCCUUGUAGCCCUGUGUUCCUUUGGCCUCUGCCAUACUCUAGCAAGAGUUACAAAACUCUUUUAACUCUGCUGAAUAAGUGGCCAGAUAUACCCAACGCUACCAGCAAGCCUCUUGCGUAAAGGCACUCGGCUUUCUUGUUCUGUUGCUUCCUUGAUGAGGGGGGGAGGCUCCCUUUCAUCUGCUAUAGCCAAAGUGAUCACACUCGAUCAGGGUUCCACAGACUUUGUUUGCAUGAUCCAAUCCUGGUGACGGGCCACAAGCACCUCACAUUGCCAUAGUCCUGCCUAGUCCUUUAGUGGGCUAGAUUGGCCAUAUCAAGUAAUUUACCAUACACUGUUAAAAAUCAAAGUCUCUUAAGCCAAAGUUGAGACUAUGUACUAGACCCCAGAGCUUUUUAUAAUCAAGUAUAUUUCCUUGAGAGCGGGACUAUUAAUGCCAGGGAGCAUCACAGUUAUUAAUUUUACUAGGCUUAUCAGGUACCUUCUGAAGUAGUCUUGAUUGGCAGUAUGUCCAGUAUUUUUUGUCACCCCUUCCACCCCCCACGGAAAAAGCCUGAAGUGUGUGUCUCUUAGACUCACAACUAUUUGUCAGUUGUCAUUGCAAAGCCACCAAUGCCCCUCACUAUUUGCGCACACGUAUAAGACUGGAGGGCUGUUUAAACACCACUCCACCACUCAUAGAGCAAACUCUGAGGUCCAAAUGGUAGCACAUUGUGGGGCUCCAGGGAGACAGUUUCACUUCAUAGGGGCCCUGUUCUUCUCUAUCAGCAAUUGGUUAUAUUUGAGCUCACUGUUGCAGCUCCUCUCUCUCCUAGCGUGUCUUCCUUCUAUGCACCGCCCCUCUCGUUUACUAAGCAUGCUGUCCCUCCUUAUCCAGAGUCUUUGUUCUCUCUGUAUGAGCUGUCCAAAGUCCAUGACACGAAAGCUCCUCAUCCCUGCUUCUAAGACACAGUCUGACUGUACUUCUUUCAAGACAGAGCUGUUUGUUCUGGCAUUCCAUAGCACGUCCGAUAUUCUUGAUCAACACCACCCUGCAGUGCAUCAGCUCUUCACUCAUCCUUAUGCACUGCCCGCUUUCACAUGCAUAGCAUGUGUGAGAAACAAUGGCUAGGUUCUGCCAGAUGCAUCUUAGCCCUUAAAGCAGUGGUUCUCAGCCUUCUGAAUGCCACGGCCCUUUAACACAGU